AUGGCUGGGCUUGGUAAGACGACUUUAGCCAAAAAAGUUUACAAUGAUAGUUCAGUAAUCUGUAACUUCCACAUUCGUCUUUGGUGCACUGUUUCUCAAGAAUUUAACAUUGAAAGCUUGUUAAUACAAAUUUUGUGUUCUGAUGGAAAACGGUUAAGGAUGGUCAAAGAGCUUAAAAACUUGAAUGAACAUGAAUUGCUUCACGAGCCUCUAUCAAAGGCUGAAGACGAAGAGGUUGAAUAUGGGGGGAAACCUCACAAUCUUCGUCCACUCAGUGAGAAAGAAAGUUUUGAAUUACUGCUGAAGAAGAUAGUUUCAUUGCCAGAUAGCAUCUGGAACAUGAAGAAGUUGAGGCAUGUACAUGUAAGACACCUUGUUGUUAUUCGUCUGUCUUCCAACGACGACGCUGUUGAAAACCUCUCUACUUUACCCAAUUUAGACACACUCUCUACUCUGCGUCUUUAUCUUGAUAAAGAAGGAGAGAAACUGUUGAGAAGGAUUCCAACGUUCGCCGACUUAAAAUUUUCCAUUUGGGGGAUCAAAACAGAGUAUGCUGCAACAUGA